AAAAAAUCUGUUUUCCUUACACAACUUCAAUUUUGGGAUUCAGUCAUGCUGCGUCGUAUUGAGUGUUAUGAUAUGGGAUGGGCCAUGCAUGCCAAAAAACCUGUAUGAAGUAAUAUAUUCCAUUUUGUAAGGUUUCGUGUUAGAACCUCAGAACCUACAUAUUUUUUUUCCUCUAUGGUAUUCUUUUGGUAAAGAUGGAAGCUAUGGUUGAGAGUUAUCUGGAAGCUAUGGGUUGAGAGUUAUCACCGUAUAUAAUACUGAUAACUUGAAGUCAACUCGCCGUAAUUUCUUAAGCCCUUUAUCUGGAAACUAUUAAUAAGGAGAUGGAUGGAUAGUUGAUAUUCAGUCUCUACUAGGGGAACCAUUUUAACAUACUUUUCCUUCAAAAGCUUGGGCUUUUAGGGAAAAGAAGUAAUUAUUCCCUUUUACUAAUUAUUGCGUGUUUAAAACCUGAGGGAUAUAGAACUAUUAAACACUUCUCAGAUGAAGUCCUUUUCAUACUUGAAGCAUUAGGUUUGCUUGAGAACAUGGAUCUGCCAAUCAGGUUUCUUAUUUCCUUUUUCCCGUUCAGCAUGAAUCUUUAUUUCAUGAUCCUAAUUUUCUCCUAACAGCAGAUUCUAUUGCUAUGCAGGCAUUUGUACUUAAGCAUCUCCUGUUUUCUCCAGAAGAAGCUGUUACUGUUGCACCGAAUAUGUCAAAUUUGUCUAUGAGAAGACCGCCCAUGAAUGAAUCUGUUGCUGCAGAUAUUUUCUCAUCACUUUCGGAAGAGAAAAAGUCAAGAGCCUUGGUGAGGAGUAUGAGUGAGAUACUCUUUCUAUGUGGGCGUAGUGAAAGAGCCGUGAUAGUGUCUCUGAAUAUUGUCGGCAGUGAUUCUAUGAAGUCUGUGAAUCGUUCAGAGGAUGAGGUCAUUGCCGAAGUACUUGGAGGCCUUUCUGUUGAAUCCGGGGCUGACUUGCAGAAGGUCUUAAGAGUUGAUACCUGCACUUCAUGGUCAACUGCAAAUAAGAGGCUGGAAGCCAUGCUUCCUAUUUUUCGAAGUCGUAUGGGAGCGUUGCUUUUUCUGAUAUCCGCGUUGUUGUCUCGAGGACUGGACAACGUUCAAGAGGACAGGGACGAUCCUACACAACCAUUAGUCACUGCUCCAUUCGGGCAUGCAUCGCAGGAAAUUGUAAACCUCUUGCUUUCCGGGUGUGCCGUUCCCAAUGUGUUUGAUGGGAAGAUUGAUUUGGGUGGCGGCAUGUUUGUGAAGGGCCUUUCGACACCCGUAGAAGUCGGAUUCCUCACUCUCCUCGAGUCUCUCAACUAUUGUAAGGUUGGCCAGUAUCUGAAGUGCCCAAAGUGGCCUAUAUGGGUGGUCGGAAGCGAAUCCCAUUACACGGUCCUAUUCGCCCUCGACACCAAAGUCCAAGACGAGAACGAGUUCGAGUACAGAGAAUCACAGAUCCGGAGAGCAUUCGAUGCCCAAGAUCAGAGCGGAGGCGGUGGCUUCGUUGGCGUGGAAGGCUUCCAUCACGUCAUCAGGGAGACGAACAUCAACCUUCCAACGGAGAAAAUUGAGCAUCUCUGCAGCACGGGGUUCAUCGUAUGGAGCGAGUUCUGGCAGGUCCUUCUCGACUUAGACAAGAGCCUCGGAGGCAUGAAAGAUUCGACCGGGCUCAUGGGAAGGAAGGUCUUUGAUCUCUACCAUUUUAACGGGAUCGCGAAAUCAAUCGCCAAUGGCAGCCAAGCAUCGUGUAACGAGAGCCCGAUCCAGAGACCUAGGAUAACGAAACUGAGGGUUUCGGUCCCUCCAAGGUGGACGCCGGAGGAAUUCAUGGCCGAUUUACCCGGUGCAUCAGGGUCGGGUGCUAAGGAUUCCGGUGGCAGCGGCGAUAACUCGAGCGAAGUAUCUAAACCUCCGGCGGCCCAGCACGCGCCCCUCGUCGAUUGCAUCAGAACGCGCUGGCCCCGUUCCAUCUGCAAUUGGGAAGGGGAUGCGCCUAGCAUCGUGUGAUGGUAUGAAUUCUCUGGGAAACAGAUGGCUUUCCAUGAUAUUUUCUAGCUUACUACAACUGUUCAUGUCUGAUACAAACUACAUUUGUGCGGUGAGAAGUAUUUGUUUGAGUUUUCGGAUUUUAUGUUUUUUCAAGCGAAGAAACGAUAUAGGAUUACAUACAGCUAGCUGUUUAUCGAUGUUGUAUAAUCAGAGAAGCCUUUUGCCUUCUCAUUGUUGUUGAUUAAACGAUUUUGCAAGGAUCAGAAGUCUCUUUUCUUACAA